AUUGGAUGUUUAGCUCAGCGAACAAGAGCGCGAGAAAAAACGGAUGUGACGAAACCAUACAAACGAUGACAUUCGGUAGUGAACUAAGCUGGUUCACCAACCUCAAUAAAACUACAAGGUUCUUCUUUGAACAUCCACGUGUUUUUAUAACGACAUGGCGACCUGGAAUGAAGCGAGAGAAGAGCAGAUGAUCAUCAUGAUUCAGGAGAGGCCAGCUCUCUACGACGUUACAGAAAACGUGUAUGCUAACCGAACGCUAAGAGCACAACUCUGGCACGAGAUCGAGAGCAAGCUUGUCAUAUCAGAGAAAGAGCUCAGGAAGAGGUGGGAAUCUCUGCGAACACAGUACACACGAUACAAGAAACUUCCCUUGGGAAGUGUGGGUGCACCGAAGACUGGCAGACAGCAAUGGAUCCUGAGCCGCCUGCAGUUUCUGGAGCCCCACACAAAAAGAAAAGACACCACUUCCAGCCUAAAUGUCAUGGAACCUUUGGAUACUGAUGAUUCCUCUUCGCUUUCAACCGGCACCCACGAAGAGUCAAGCUUCUUUGAGUCUGAGCCAAAGCCCAACAUUCCCCUAUUAGAAUCCACCAUCAGUGAAGAAGAAUCCCCAGCGAUCAAAGAGGAGCCUUUGACAUACACAUUCACCCAGUCGAGGCCCCGGGCGAAGCGCAGCAGGGAGGUGGCGAAUGAGUCCGUAAGUGUGGACUCAACAAAGUUGUUGCGCACCAUUGGUACAACCCUGGAAAGUUUCGCUUCUCUGGAAGACCGUGACGACGAGAUCUCAACCUACUGCAAAAGCAUGGAGCACAGAAUGCGAACGCUGCCCCCACAUUUACUGCCACAUUUCAUGCAUGAUGUGGACAACAGCAUCUUUAAGUAUCAAGUUCUGUUUUCCAGGACAUCCUGCAGAGAGAAUCUGCCAAACACUCUGCCAUCUGAAAUUCACCCACUGCAUCCAACAUCUACAAACGGAAAUCUGUAACUACUGUAAAAAGACUUGUGGUUAUAGAAUUUUGAUCCUGUUCCUGGAUAUCUCUGUUGUUUUCCAUUCAUCCAGGGAGUUCCAGUAUGCAUGGAAUCCAAUGACCACUUGCUGCCACUCUUCCAAGCACUUGUCAGACCGUUUAUAACUUGUAUUAAGCAUUUUAUACAACUGAAAGGUUUUGUAGUGUUACAUACAUAUCAAAAGGUAUAGACCGUUUCAUUGGACGCAGCUAACUUCCAGUCUGUGUUUGGCUAGUGUCUAAAAAAUAACUAUUUUUAUUUAAUUUAUGUAUAAUAAUUGUAUUAAAUAAACGAAUUGUUGAAUUUUGUUGUAUACCUAAAUAAACAAUUUGUAGAAUGGGUCCUGUAGUUUUGACGCAUUUAAAGAAACCG